CCAGGUCUUUCAAACAUAAAAUUGAACAUUGCCUUUUAAGUAAGCUGAUAUAGUUAUAUCUUUAGCCAUCGAACUUAUGCCUAAUGGGCCACAAAUUAUGGGCAAGACUUUAAAAAAGUUAUGUUGCAAAAAUAUAAAACUAUGCGAGCGAAAAAGUUAUUUGAUCUGAGCCCCACUUUUAAAUGAUACUAUAUCCUAUUAACCGCUAAAAGAUUAUGAAUAUUGUAUGCAGAUUACAACUCAGUAGACUUCAUGAGUUUCCCGCUGUUAGCCAGCUCCGGCACUCCACCAGCACCACCAACGCCAACGGCGGCGAUUCCCCGGCCGCCGCCGUCACUAGCGCAAAGGGUCCACAUCCCACCACAUAUAUACAAACACCCAACAGCAAUCCUCCUCGAGCUUUGCAAUUCGAUGAAAGAACUUCACCAAAUUCUCCCUCAGAUUAUCAAGAAUGGUCUAUAUAACGAACAUCUUUUCGAAACAAAAUUAGUUAGCUUAUUCACCAAAUAUGGUAGCCUUAAUGAUGCCACCAAAGUGUUCGAUUUUGCUAAGCUCAAAAAUGAACCAAUGUAUCAUACGAUGCUUAAAGGCCAUACCCAUUACUCUUCUUUGGAUUGUUCGUUGGGUUUUUACGCUCGUUUGAGAUAUGAUAAUGUAACGCCGGUGAUAUAUAAUUUUAACUAUUUGUUAAAAGCUUGUGCGGAUAAUUUUGAUGUUUUAAAGGGUAAGCAGGUACAUGCACAGUUGAUUCUUCAUGGGUUUUCGGAUAGUUUGUUUGCGAUGACUAGUGUUGUGAAUCUUUAUGCGAAAUGUGGGAUGGUUGGUGAUGCAUAUAAGAUGUUUGAUAGAAUGCCUGAGAGAGAUUUGGUUUGUUGGAAUACUGUUAGUUCAGGAUAUGCACAAAACGGGAUGCCAAAAAGGGCGUUGGAGUUGGUUGUGAGGAUGCAGCAGGAGGAAGGGGGUAAUAGGCCGGAUUCGGUAACGGUUGUGUCCAUUUUGCCUGCUUGUGCUGCGAUUGGGUCCUUGCGAGUGGGGAAGUCGAUUCAUGGAUAUGUUUUUAGAAAUGGUUUUGAGUCGCUUGUGAAUGUCUUGACUGCUUUGGUGGAUAUGUAUGCUAAAUGUGGGUCAGUGGAUAUUGCUAGGUUGGUUUUUGAUAGGAUGGAUUCUAAGACGGUUGUAUCGUUGAAUGCUAUGAUAGAUGGAUAUGCACGGAAUGGAUAUUAUGAUGAAGCUCUUAUCAUCUUUCGGAGAAUGUUGGAUGAAGGAUACAAACCGACGAAUGUGACUAUUAUGAGCACUUUACAUGCGUGUGGUGAAUCAAAGAAUAUUGAGCUUGGGCAAUAUGUUCACGAAUUAGUCAACCAACUAGGUCUUGGUUCUAAUGUUGCAGUUGUUAACUCGUUGAUUUCAAUGUAUUGCAAGUGCCAAAGAGUGGAUAUUGCAGCCGAAUUGUUCGAAAACCUGAAAGAGAGAACACUAGUCUCGUGGAAUGCUAUGAUAUUGGGCUAUGCACAAAAUGGAUGUGUAAUGGAUGCAUUAACUCAUUUUUGUGAAAUGCAUCUGCAGAACAUCAAACCCGACUCAUUUACAAUGGUAAGUGUUUCUACUGCUCUUGCUGAGUUAUCAGUAUUGCGCCAAGCUAAGUGGAUACAUGGAUUUUCUGUAAGAACCUGUUUGGACAGGAAUGUUUUUGUAGCCACUGCACUUGUUGACAUGUAUGCAAAAUGUGGAGCAGUUCACACGGCAAGAAAGUUAUUUGACAUGAUGGAUGAUAGGCAUGUUACAACAUGGAAUGCCAUGAUAGAUGGAUAUGGCACUCAUGGAUUUGGAAAGGAAGCUGUUGAAUUGUUUGAGGAAAUGCGGAAGGGGCAUGUAAAGCCUAACGACAUAACAUUUCUCUGUGUCAUCUCAGCUUGCAGCCACUCUGGCUUUGUAGAGAAGGGGCGCAAUUAUUUCGCGCUCAUGCAGGAAGAAUACUGCUUGGAGCCUUCAAUGGACCAUUAUGGGGCAAUGGUUGACCUAAUUGGUCGCGCUGGUCGGCUGAGUGAGGCUUGGAACUUCAUCGACAAUAUGCCUAUCAGCCCUGGACUCAAUGUCUAUGGUGCAAUGUUGGGAGCUUGCAAGAUUCACAAAAACGUAGAUUUAGGGGAGAAGGCAGCAGAUAAGCUAUUUGAGCUAGAUCCCGAUGAUGGUGGAUAUCAUGUUCUUCUUGCUAAUAUGUAUGCCACGGCUUCAAUGUGGAAAAAAGUUGCCAAAGUCAGAACUAUGAUGGAGAGAAAAGGCAUUCAAAAGACACCUGGAUGCAGUUUGGUUGAUUUAAGAAACGAGGUCCACACAUUCUACUCAGGAAGCACUAGCCAUCCUCAGUCAGAGAAGAUCUAUGCUUACCUUGAGAAGUUGUUUGAUAGGAUUAAAGCUGCUGGAUAUAUACCUGAUACUGAUUCAAUUCACGAUGUGGAAGACGAUGUUCAGGAGCAAUUGCUAAAGAGCCAUAGUGAGAAGCUUGCUAUUGCAUUUGGGCUUUUAAAUACAAGUGCGGGUACAACUAUUCACAUCAGGAAAAAUCUCCGGGUUUGUGGUGACUGCCAUACUGCAACAAAGUACAUCUCGUUUGUCAUGAAACGAGAAAUUAUUGUACGUGAUAUGCACCGUUUCCACCAUUUUAAGGAUGGAGCCUGUUCAUGUGGAGAUUACUGGUGAUCUGAAUAAUAGAUAACUCUUCCAAGUUGUUACCUCAUGUUAAUUUUGUAUAACAUUUUAUAAUCUGAUAUAAAAGAACAAUAAGGAUCCACCAUAUGUGGAACUAAGGUGGAGAGUCAUGAAUGAGAUGGAAUCAUUUUCUCUAACUGGUUCAAGUCAGAUAGGCGCCGUCAUAGGUAUUUAGCCCCUCAGACUCGGAAAGUAAUACGAAAAUAGCUAGUUAUUGAAUUGGGGAAUCAUCAUAUUCAACAAUUUGUCCAGAUUGUCAACAGUUGCGUUCUACCUGGAAGAACUGACAAUGAAAAGUAGUAUACUUGGUUCAAGGAACACCUGAUUAACACAAUGAUACUAUUGCACUCUAUGCAACAAGUUGAAUAUCACUUCUGAACACUAUCUCACUUCCCAAUAUUUGGAAAUUGAAAGAGAGAAGAUACCUGUAAACUUUGCUGCUUUCCAAUGAAGGUAACCCUUAUCACAAGAAAGGUUCAAUGUGGAAGACUGGCAAAUUCAAUUGAUAUUUAGCAUUAUGCCAUAUAAAGAGCCCUUAAUUGCACAUAUCAUAUUAGCGACUUAUUUCAGAUAUUCUAGUGGUGCAAAAUAAGUAAUGGGUAGGGAAGCGCCCCAAGUAUCUGCAAUCCUGUAAGCUUUUACCAGUGCCUGGUAGCUGACGCUGUCUUUUGUAUUGGUCUUGUAGUAGUCAAGUGUAACAGAGGAGCAGCAAAGCUGAAAGAGUAGCUAUAUGCAGAAAGGUUUUGAAAUGGUAGAUCAUGAGUUUCAGAAAAUAAGAAGCCCUGGGAUCGCUUUAAGUGUAGAGAAUGAUUUUGUAACCUCUGUAAAGGCAAUAUGUUACUGUGGACGUGAAUCAUUUGGGUUGAGGCUGUUGGGUGUUGACCCAUAGGCAUGCUUAAUUUUGUAACUUGUAAUUUUUACUGUAUGUGAGGAGUGGUUGCAAAUUACAGCGAUUGAGAAACGGAAAACGCUGGAACAGAAGAAAAAUGGACUUUUAUUU